CCUUUUGUUGACCUGCGACUGCGAGGCUGCAAACCCCCAUAGACCUCGCGGUUUUACUUCUUCUACGUCCAACGCCCAUGGCGAAGUCCUAAAGCAGAGACCUUGCUCCUCCUUCAAUUGCAAGACCUUCUCGCUCCUCAAUGGGCUACGUUCAGGAGGCGCGUGAGAACCACGUGAAGAAGAAAGUCGAGGAAGCUUUACGCAGCAAGAUGAAGCAGAAGGCUCUGAAAGAAUGCGAUUAUUAUACUUCGAGGUAUGCGGAAUGCGCCACCGGAAGAACCUUUUCUGUGGUCUGGCAGUGCCGCAAACAAGCUAAAGAAUUGAAUGACUGCCUUCACCACUACACAAAUGAUGCCGUCUUGGAAGAGAUGAAAAGAGAGUAUGCACUAAACCAAGAAGGGAAAGGCCCAGCCAAACCUUAAGUGACGCACAGAUUUUGCCUUCUGUCUGCUCGCGUAUAUGGGAAUCAAGAUUUUUUGCUCAAGCCAUCUUCACAUGAACUUUUGGGUUUCCAUUGGAAGAUUUUCACGGCCAUAUUUUGUCCAAACUUUGGCGAAGUAUUGCAUCCUGUUGCAGCUCACCUGACCUACGGAACCGAGAGAGCAUGUGCAAACCAGCUUUAGCCUCAAACUUUAAUCAGGUGAACCUGAAAGUAACUGUUGCCCCAAAUUCGUACUUUGUAUCGUGAGGACUUGUGUUCCUUUUGUCCUGGCCCGCUUCGCAUCCAUUACCUUUGAGGCUGAGUUGCUGCUGCACAAAACAGGAUCUACCAUUCACUGCAUAAUGUACUGCGUAGAGCUGUGUAGUUAUCUUUGGCUAAUUUAUAAUUGAUACAUCUGCAUGAUUGUGUUAA